AUGACCGACUCAGACACCGCCAUGGUUGAUAUCAGCACUCCUUUGUUAGCUGUGCCUUCAUCCUCUCCCUUCCAGAAGGUCCCUCUCGAGGUUCUUUUGCGCAUCACCUACUUUCUCACUACUCCCGAACUUGGCAAUGUCCGCUUGACAUGCCGCUCCAUUGAGCAAUCUCUCUACACUACCUUUACCAAUGAGUUCUUCACCCGCAAACAGUUUAUGAUCUCAGAGACAAGUCUACAGGCUUUGAUUGACAUUUCAAAGAGUCGCCUUAGCUGCCAUCUUCGCAAAGUUCACUUUGGCCUUGAUCGUUUUGCUCAUGCCCUCCAGGUUCAUGGCCACAAUGCUCGGACCGCGAGACAGACGGAGCUCUACAAUGGACAGUUCACGUUGCUGAGUACAGGGUAUCACCGAAACAUGCUUGUAGAAGCGUUCAAGAAUCUCGAGAACCUCGAAGAUGUUGUCAUUCGUGACUUCAAUUCUAGACGACGCACCCGUGAUGGUCCUCAUAAGCAGUGGACAAGUUACGGAUCAACUACAGCUCUGCAGGAGACUGGAUCUCGACCUGGUCUCAAGAGCGGCAUGGCCUGGGGUCCAGACCCGUCAACUGCAUACGGUAGCACUGUUUUCAGCUCUGUUCUUUUCGCCCUUGGGGAGGCCAACGCGAGACCAAAGGGGAUCGAGCACAUGUCGCGAUCAGGCAAUCAUCUGCGUGACUGUGCGUUCAAUAUUCCUUCCUACAUGAAAUCAUCAGUCAUUCCUGUUUUGGAGAACCUUGAGAAGUUGCACAUCGAUAUUGAUCUGCUUGGAGGCACCGACUUCUCCGGCGCUGGCAGUGCUGGCCACUCAUCGACUGCUGAUAUGAUGCUUCGCAGUUUCCUACUCAAGCUGAAAGAUAUCAAGCACCUGCGCAUCAACGAGACCCAGACUAGUGUUACUGGUCCCGCUAUGCUCCUUGGGUGGCUUGGGCGCGAUAAUGCAUCGUCCACGGCAUCUCCCACCAACUCGGGACAAACUCCUACGCCAGGAUCCCCUGUUGCACCCUCUGAGCCGUCACCCGAAUACUACCAACUUGAAGAACUCAAUCUUGGCAUGAUGCACGUGGAAGCUCCGCAACUGUUGGCGGUAGUCCAAAAGUUUUCACGUACGCUUGAGAGGCUGGAACUACACAAAAUCACCCUCCGCCGACGUCUACCGGAUGGCCAUUCAGGUGCUUACCCCAAGAUUAGCUUCUGGGCUAAAUUCCUGGAAAAGCUUAAGGACACCCCCGACCUCAACCUCCAUCACAUCAAAAUCAGCACACCGCAGCAGCAAUGGGUCCCACGGCCGUUGCGCUCUGAUGUCCUGUUUGGAGAUGGGAAUGUUGCUUGUCAAUACACGGGGCCCGACUGGAAGCACUUUGUCGGACACGAGAUGAUACCCAAGGUGUCUGUGAAAUGGCCGAACGAGGAGACCCUAAGAGAUGACGAUGACGAGGAUGAUUCUGAUGACGGUAUUUGGGACCUAUAUGCGCUUGAUCUAUAA